AUGGGUCAUUUGGUUGCUCAGCGGGAUGGCGAGUUAAAGCUCCUCCUGUCCUUUUCUCUGUCCCGCGAAGUCAUCGCAGGAGAAGCCUUCGAUGAUCUACAGGUCCAUGCUGCUACCAAAAUAGCAUCUUCACGCCUUCAGAAGGAGCACUUACUGAUUCAAAGGACCAAAACAAUGACCUCUGUACCACGGAUCGACGUGAAUGUUCGGGCAAGGCGUGGGCAGACUCCGCUUAUGUAUGCGAGUGCGCUAGCAUAUCAUGCUGCCGUGGAGAAGUUGUUGAUGCGUGAUGAUAUUGAUGGUUAUAGUCAAGGUCGUGGUGGGCAGACGGCGAGUCUCUAUCCUGUGCAUGCUGGGCAUGAGGAUGCCGUGCAGACGCUUGUGAAUACUAGAAAGCUGAAGGAAAAUCUUCAACGCCAGACUGUGCCGGAUGUUGCGCGAGAAGGAUCAUACCCGAACGUAAUAUUCGUGCUGGAUUAUUAG